AUGGAAUAUGCCCUUUGUAAAAUGUAUGAAAAAAAAUCGGAAAUGACCUCUGAUAAAUAUAAAUUACGCGUUAGUUUUGGAAAAGCCAAAGACGCGAGGUCGUAUUCUAUUAAUAAUAUUGCGCAUUAUAUAGGAGACGCAAAAGAAGAACAAGAACCAAGACGAAAUCUACGAAAUUAA